AUUUUGACUUUCAAACCCAAAAACUAUUCCAUUUUCUCACUCAUCCCCCCAUAUAUAUAAAACCAUACAUUACAUUCGAACCUCAAAAAAGCCCUUCAAAUCUCAUCUUUCUUCUCAAUCUUUUGCCUUGGUUCUUCUUGAAACCCUUCAUCCUAAAAUGAGUGACCAUAAAAACGUCGAAAUUCCUACGUAUUUUGUGUGUCCGAUCUCCUUACAACUCAUGAAAGACCCCGUAACACUUCCAACAGGAAUAACAUACGACCGCGACAACAUCGAAAAAUGGCUAUACACCAAGAAGAACAACACUUGCCCGGUCACAAAGCAAGCCCUUUCGGAUCACGUAGAGCUCACCCCAAACCACACGCUUCGCCGAUUAAUCCAAUCUUGGUGCACCCUCAACCCUACAUCCGGCGUCGAAAGACUCCCAACCCCGCGCCUUCCGAUCUCCAAAUCCGACAUCCUCAAACUCCUCAAAGAUCUAAAGCAUCCUAACUUGCAAACAAAAUGUUUAAGAAGAUUGAAAGCUAUUGUUUUGGAGAAUGAAACAAAUAAGAGGUCAAUGGAAGCAGUUGGGGCAGUUGAUUACCUUACUAAUUAUGUUCUUAAUGACCAUAAUAUUAAUAAUAAUAACAUGACGUCAUCUUCACAUGUGGAAGAUCAAUUAGGGUUUGAGCUUGUAACACCUAUAGAUGAAGCAAUAACCAUUCUUUAUCACAUGCAACUAUCUCAAACUGGUCUUCAGGGUUUGUUUGCUAAAACUGGUGACUUUGUUGAGACGUUGACGAGCGUGAUGCAACGCGCCGCCAGCUAUGAAACACGUACGUACACUGUCAUGUUGUUGAAGUCAAUGUUUGAGGCUGCAAACACCAUGCAAGUGACACCAUUGUUGAAGCAUGAGUUUUUCAAGGAGUUAGUAACAAUCUUGACCGAUGAAAUCUCCCAAAAAGCCACCAAAGCAACGUUAAAACUACUAAUAAACGUUUGUUUAUCGGGCCGGAAUAGAAUAAGAGCGGCGGAGGCUGCGGCGGUGCCGGCUUUGAUCGAUAUCUUACUCGAUUCAACCGAUAAAAGGGUGUCCGAAAUGGUGUUGUUGGCAUUGGAUUUGCUUUGUCAGUGUGCUGAAGGGAGAUCUGAGUUGUUGAAACAUGGUGCGGGUUUAGCGGUGGUGUCAAAAAAGAUUUUUAGGGUUUCGCCGGUGGCAAGUGAAAGGGCGGUGAGGAUAGUGCAUUCGGUGGCGAAGUUUUCCGGCAACGGUGGUGUGGUGGCGGAGAUGUUGCAGAUAGGGGUGGUGGGGAAGCUUUGUUUGGUGUUGCAAGUGGAUUGUGGAAGUAAGAUGAAGGAGAAAGCUAUGGAGGUGCUUAAGAUGCAUGCUAGGGUUUGGAAUAAUUCUUCUUGUAUACCACAUACUUUGAUUGCUUCAUAUCCAUCAUAAGAUUCAUAAGGAUGAAGUUGAAUUGAUUUUAGGUUUUAGAUCAUUUGAAGACAUUUUGGGGAUUUGACUGAUUGUAUAAAGUUUAUACUUGUGAUUUUAGUUUGUGAAGUUUAGGAAAAAACAUGACUAGGAUUAACAUCAUUGUUUUGAGCACAAAUUUGGUGCUUUAUUGAAGUUUGAUCAAUUUAGUAUGAUUUGAAGAUCA